AUGGAAAUACCUUCUCCUUCUAAAAGUUCAAACCCAUUUACAGCCUCUGAUGAGUUGAUGGAUCUACAAACAAGUACACCUUCUGAAGAGGAUGUGAAGAGGAGAGAAGCUCAAGUGAUUAGGUUUAAUUCAACGAUGGGAGCCAUACAAUCAAAUUCAAAGUUUUAUUUGGGAUUGCCUAAGGAAAUAUUUGAAGUAGUCCACUUAUUAUCGGAAAGGGCAGCAGGGAAUAUAAGAGAAAUUUUUAUAGUUUUAAAAAAGAUUAAAUUGAACGAUCCGUUCACAAGGAUAUCAAUCGAUUUUGGAGUGAGUGCAGUCCGAAUUCACCAAAUAUUUACUGAGCAUGUGCCAAAAAUAGCUACAGUGUUACAAAAUUUAAUUUUUUGGCCUACUCCAAGAAUGAUAAAGAGAACAACGCCGAUUCCAUUUAGACGGAGAUAUAGUAAGGUACAAUCUAUUAUUGAUUGUUUUGAAAUAGAAAUUGAGAAACCAUCGAAUCCACUGCAUCAAAGCUUAACAUGGUCUGAAUACAAAAAAUGUAACACAGUGAAGUAUCUUUUAUCUUGUUGUCCAAAUGGAUUCAUCAAUUUUGUCUCUAAGGGCUAUGCAGGACGUGCGUCUGAUAAAGAAAUUGUACAAAAAUCGCAAUUUCUUAACAAACUACCUGAACAGGCGUGGGUUAUGGCUGAUCGUGGCUUUAAACAUAUUGUCCCUUUAUUGCUGAAGAAGAAGUGUACCUUAGUAAGGCCACCAUCAGUGUCAGCAGAUGUUCCAAGCACCUCAUCAGAUGUUAUGGAGAGUAAAAGAAUUGCAAGUUUAAGAAUUCAUGUAGAGAGAGUUAUUCAACGAAUAAGAGAAUUUAAUUUGUUAAUUUGUUACGUUACAGUUUUGAUGCUGUGA